UCCGGCUGCACGGGCCGCACUCCUGGUUUCAGCGGUCGCUGUAUUCGGUCCGCCGGCCCGCUGGCCCGCCGCUGGCAGUGCCCAGUCUCUCCGUGUUUCUCCGGCUGGACCAGUGUGGGGUGCGCCCCGCCGCCCGCAUGGCUGCCAUCAAGGCUCUACAGCAGUGGUGCCGGCAGCAGUGUGAGGGAUACCGGGAUGUGGACAUUACCAACAUGACCACCUCGUUCCGCGACGGCCUAGCCUUCUGCGCUAUCCUGCACCGCCACCGGCCCGAUCUCAUAAACUACAGUGCCCUCCGGAAGGAAAACGUUUAUGAAAACAACAAACUUGCCUUCUGUGUGGCAGAGGAGCAGCUGGGCAUCCCUGCCCUGCUGGAUGCUGAGGACAUGGUGGCCCUGAAGGUGCCCGACCGGCUGAGCAUCCUGACCUAUGUGUCACAGUACUACAACUACUUCCAUGGCCGCUCACCCAUUGGGGGCAUGGCUGGUAUAAAGAGGCCUCCAUCAGACGCUGAGGAGGAAUCUUCUGGGAAGAAAGCCCCAUCCGUGCCGGCCAAGUUGCCCAUGUCUACUCCAGCUCAGGCGCUGCCUCCGUCUGCAGCCAGGACAAGCUCUGUGGUCCAGAGGACAAGCGGGAGCCCUAAGGCUGGCCAGAGGGUGGCAAGCAGUGCAGUCAGCAGCACCUGCGGAGUCUGCGGCAAGCACGUCCACCUGGUCCAGCGGCACCUGGUUGAUGGGCGGCUCUACCACCGUAGCUGCUUCAGGUGUAAGCAGUGCUCCAGCACGCUGCGCUCUGGGGCCUACCGGGCCACUGGGGAACCAGGCAACUUCGUCUGCACCAGCCAUCACUCCAAAGCCACCUCGGUGAACGCCACAUCGCUGGCCCUGGCUGCCAAACAGCCAGGUGCCACUCCUGUGGACUCAGGGGCUCCCAGCAUCUUGCAGAAGUUCCAGGAGAUGAAUGGGCAGGCAGCAGCAGCAGCAGCGCCAAAGGCCCAGCCAGCGGCUCAGAAGUCUGCAGUGGGCAAUGUGACUGCAAAAGGCUUUACUCGGACUACAUCUGAGCCCCCAGCCUCCACUUUCUCAGUCCGUGUGGGGAGCCCACCAGGGUCCAGACUGCCUGCGAGCCCAGUGGCCUCCCGCUUGGAGCACAGCACAACUGGCACGCAUGUGACCAACAGCGCCCCAGUGGGGUGGACAUCAUCUACUCGGGGCCCAGUGACAAAUAACUCUCAGUCUGCCCCUGGUGUCCCAGAGCCUUGCCCAGCUGUACCCCAAGGCCGGGGGACCUCCCGAGUAUCAGCUGCUGUGACCAAGCUUGGCUUGAACUCAGGUUCUCUGGGUGCAGUGGACCCACAAGACUGGACCCCCUCUGCCAGUAGGACCCAGCAGGCCCGGGAGAGGUUCUUCCAGAGCCCUGCUGCUCCCAGCAGUGGCCCUCUGGCCAAGACCCCUUUCCCAGCUGACUCCCCUUCCCGGGACAGCAGCAGGGAGCAGGCGCUGAGCUUUAUCAGGAAGGCCCUCUCAGGGGUGGAGGCAGCUGGUACCCAGGUGCCUGGCAGGUCCUCCCCUGCUAUGAAUUCCUGUCCCAAAACCGAACACCCAAAAGCAGUCCCCGCAGGCAAGCUGUCACAACCAGACGUUCCCCACACCCUCAGUUCCACUUCGAGGAUGGAGCCAUCUGCUCGCCUGAGUGUGGGUAACACCUCACAGUCAUCUGGGUUGUCCAAAAUGGACAAGAGCUCAGCUGUGUCCUCACAGAUCAGCAGGGCAGUGACAGACUCCAGGCUGAAGCCAGAGGCCCCAAUGGCAAAGGGUCCAAGCACCAGCCCCCAGCAAAGCCAAGAGGAUGGGCCGGAAGGAUGGAGGGCCCGCCUGAAGCCUGUGGAAAAGAAGCUGCUUGCUGGGAGGGCCAACCUUGUGCCUUCACCCAGGGCAAAGGAGCUGAAAGAGCCACAGGUCCCAGCAGAGCCAAAGGCUGGAGAUGCCCUCAUGGCCCCCAGGGCCCCUGUGAAGGCCUCAGGCAGCCCCCAGGGGGGCAUUCGGAUCACCCUGACCCCUGUGCAGCCAGCACAGACACAAGGCCACACUGGCCCAGGAACCAGGCUCCCAGCUGCCUCCCCUUCCUCCUAUCCCCGCAGGAGACUGGCCAUCCCUCCCACCCUUGAUGUGUCUGCCAAUUGGCUUCAGUCAGAGCCAUCAGGGCAGAAAAACCAAGCCCAGAGCUGGGAGAAGCCUCAUUCUCAGGACAAUCCAGGGAGGCCCUUGGGUCCAGCCAGCAUGCCUGCCUUGCCUGAGAAGACCAUGAGCUCCCCUGUCAGGCUGCACCCUGACUACGUCCCCCAAGAGGAGAUUGAGAGGCAACUGCAGGACAUCGAGAAGCAGCUGGACGCGCUGGAGCACAGGGGUGUUGCCCUGGAGCAGCAGCUGCGUGCAGCCGAUGGCGCUGCUGAGGAGGACGACCUCAUGGUGGCCUGGUUCCGGCUGGUCCACGAGAAGCAACUGCUGUUGAGGCUGGAGUCGGAGCUGAUGUACAAGUCCAAGACCCAGCGCCUGGAGGAACGGCAGCUGGACCUGGAGGGCGAGCUCCGCAGGCUAAUGGCCAAGCCUGAGGGUCUGAAGUCUCCCCAGGACCGGCGGCGAGAGCAGGAGCUGCUGAACCAGUAUGUGAACACUGUGAAUGACCGCAGCGACAUUGUGGACAUCCUGGAUGAGGACCGACUCAGGGAAAAAGAGGAGGAUCAGGUGCUACAGGACAUGAUCCAGAAGCUGGAUAUGCAGAAGAAAAAGCCCAAGUUCCGCUUGUCUAAGAUCUGGGGCCAGAAGAGCAAAAGCUGCCAUCCGGAGUGAGCUCUUCACUGAUACUGCAGGACCCAUGCAGCACCCUGUGGCCCCUCCCUGGAGUCUUCCUGGCCCCAAUAAAGAGACUGACACUC